ACGACACAAAGCACAAUGGAGGAGAGAGUUUUGGCUCUGAAAGAAAGAAUCAUGAAGCACCCCAUGCUGAAAAAGGAGAACCUGAACCCUAAAACGUGGAUGAAAUCAGAGCAUAUCAAAGACUUCACAGAUUUUGUACUCCAGAAAGAGCCAGAGCCAGACAGCAGUUUCGAUAAUGUGGAGAUGUUGUUAGAGACGGAGAAAGAAUACAUUGAAGCAGCGAAGAGGAAUGACGUCGAAACCAUGAAGCUUUUAGGAAGGGGUGUGAAUGUUAACGCAAAAAAUGUGCACAAUCGUACUGCCCUUCAUUAUGCCGUGGCCUGCAGAAACGUGGAAGCGGUUGAUGUCCUCCUUAGGAGGAGAGCAAAGCUGGACUUACAGGACAAGUAUGGAGUAACUGCCAUUCACCUGGCAGCUUGGUUUGGCAGUUUGGAAAUCUUAAAGUUACUUGUACAAGGUGGGGCUGAUCAGAGGAUUGAAAACAUGCAAGGGAUGAACAUGAUGCACUGUGCUGCCAUUAAUGACCACACUGAAAUUGUGGAGUACAUUGUGGAUGACCUUCAGAUGAGAGAACUUGAUAAAGAAGACAAAAAUGGAAAUCGGCCUUUCGCUGUGGCAGCAGAGCAUGGCUGUGUGAAAAUGCUGCAGAUGCUGAUGGAAGAGCCUUACAACAUGUCCACCAUGGAGGAAAAUCAGAAUGGUGACACACCUUUGCACCUUGCUGCCAGAAAUGGUGAACUAGAAGCCCUGCAGCUCCUGCUGGAUAACUUUGAGAUCCGGAAUGAAGUCAAUCAUGCUGGGGAGACAGCGCUGUAUUUAGCUGCAGUUGGAAAUCAUGAGGAGUGUGUUCUGGCUUUGCUACAAGCGGACUGUGACCCAAACAUCCCCACUACAAACAGGACAGGUCCUCUGCAUGCUGUGUGUGAAAAGAGUUUUACACCCGUGGUGAAGCUCCUUGUUGAUAAUGGCACACAGAUGAACAUUCAGAAUCAACACUUGCAAACACCACUCCACCUGGCAGUGAAGAACUACCAUAUUCCAGUGAUUCACACUCUACUGGAGUCAGGGUGUGAUGCAGACAUAACGGAUCAUCUGGGCCAGACAGUCUUGCAUGUCGCAUCGGAACUGGGGAAGGUGGAUGUGGUGGAGAUGAUUCUGAAAGCUGGAGUGAACAUGGAGAUCAAAGACAGGCAAGGGAAAACAGCCUUGGGAGUGGCAGCCAGAGCUGAUAUAGUGAUCAUUGUAGACAUGAUAAUCAAAGCUGAAAGAUAUUUCAACUGGUUAAAUUCCAAUCCAGGAGCUAAUGGGACCCUUCAUGAUGAAUCUCCCCUGACGUUUAAGCCAGACCGCCGUAGUGAGACUAAGCAGGUCCGAGAUGUUAUGUGGAAGCUGGCGCACAGCCUGGUGAAGCAGAAUGAGUGGAAGAAACUUGCCCAGCACUGGGGCUUCACUGAGCAGCAGGUGGCUGCCAUCGAGGAGCAGUGGACAGGUCCCAACAGUUACCAGGAACAUGGGAACAGAAUGUUACUGAUCUGGCUCCAUGGAGUGACUAUGGCAAAGGAAAACCCAGCCAAAGAGCUUUACCAAGCCCUGAUCUCUGUUGGGAAUACAAAGAUGGCAGAAAAGGUCAGAAUGGAGGGAGAGGACAGUAGUAACCGGAAAUGUGUGGUUUCAUGAAACUCUAAAAAUAAAGCUUUAUUUCACUUGGAGGAGCCUUGAGGAAAAAAAGAGCUGAAGUCUAUCAACUCCCAUUUUACACC